AUGAGGGGUCUUGCUCCUGACCCAGCGGAGGAAGUGAUGGGUGCGAUGGGUGCGAUGGGGCCUAGGGCGUGGUGGACUGGAGAGAAAGUCGACCACGCGUUCAUCGACCACUGGAUCACGGGAUCUUGGGCAGUCUCCGGAGAUCGAAUGCUACGGAAGUUCAGAGCAGGGCAGAGCAGGGGAAUGGCAGUUGGGCAGCCCUGGCCGGGUGUAUUUGAGAACCACGAGGAUGAAGCUCGUCAGGAGAAUCAGGAUUACAAGGGUGGAGAAUAUCGGGCGUAG